AUUCAUCGCCGGCGGCGGAGAGGCACGGCCGGGCCCCGCCAUGCGCCGCGCCCCGCUGCUGCUCCUGGCGCUGCUGCUGGGCUCGGGCCUCGCCGACAGCCCGCGGGGCAAACAGCGAGCGGCGCGGCCGCGGGAGGUGCUGGAGGCGUACAACGGCGUCUGCCUGCAGGGCCCCAGCGGCGUCCCGGGACGGGACGGGAACCCUGGAACCAACGGGAUCCCGGGGACACCGGGGAUCCCGGGGCGGGACGGGCCCAAAGGGGAAAAGGGCGAGUGCUUGCGGGAGAGCAUUGAGGAGUCCUGGACGCCCAACUUCAAGCAGUGCUCGUGGAGCGCACUGAACUACGGCAUAGACCUGGGGAAAAUAGCGGAAUGUACGUUCACAAAGAUGCGCUCCAACAGUGCUCUCAGAGUCCUUUUCAGUGGAUCGCUCCGGCUGAAGUGCCGAAGCGCCUGCUGUCAGCGCUGGUACUUCACUUUCAAUGGAGCAGAAUGCGCCGGGCCACUUCCCAUCGAAGCCAUAAUAUAUUUAGAUCAAGGCAGUCCGGAACUGAACUCUACUAUCAACAUACACCGAACCUCCUCAGUGGAAGGUCUGUGUGAAGGGAUCAACGCUGGCUUGGUGGACAUCGCCAUCUGGGUCGGGACUUGCUCUGACUACCCCAGGGGAGAUGCUUCUACUGGAUGGAAUUCAGUCUCCCGUAUCAUCAUUGAAGAACUGCCAAAAUAAGUCUCCCUCCCUUUUUAUAAUCCCUAUUUUUAUUUUGUACAAUUUUCUACAAAAGUUAUUUAGAGUUGGAUGCAGGUUUUUGUCUAAAAGGCACCAAACUCUGCACCCGUAGUGUUUGUCUAACCUUUUUUUUGCACAUUGCAGAGGCUUUUUAUAAUAAUCAUUUUAGAAUAUAAAUAUAAAAAACAACUUCAUUAACUUUUCAUAUCCCUUUUUGAUAUAUGAAAACAUACCACCACCAUUUUUAAGAGUUAAGUGUAAUUUUUUGUAUCAAAUAAAGAAGACUUUUUCCAUAAAAAUAACGUCCAAGGUAUUUUAUUGGUCAGCAGACUUUAAAGUAUUUGACAUGGCACCACAGUACACACUUGUUUUAGAGGACUUCUGAGUUGUACCUAACUACAGAUCUUGGUGUUAGGUUUUGAAAUGUAUACCCGUAACAUCUGCUCCUGUGAAAGAAUGUGGAAUUGGACACUCUGCUGUUAAAGUCUUAUGUCUCCCAGCAACCUCUUGUGACUUAACUGGCACCUCGAUGAUGAUUGGUAAGUGUUAGAUAUGUUCUGAAUAACUAAGUAAAACCAGACUAUCCAAACUUUACUUCCCUCCUCCACUUGACAGACCACAUUUCAGUGCAAACAUCUAUUAAUCACCUAUGCAAAAAAUGAGUAUUUUCACAGUUCCAAAACUCAGGUUUCAUUUCUUCAACAAAUAGUUCUCUGAACUUUACCCUGUCAGAUACACACAAUCACUUUGGUGUUAAAGCCAGAUAUGUGAAGCGGUUUGGAAGAAGGCAGGCUGAAAUGCUUUGGCUUUCCUAAAGUGGACUGCUCGCAUGAAAGAAUGAUGUUGCAGAUAUUUGGCUGCAGCCUCCAGAGUGGAGAAGAAGUAACGAGGAGUGGCAGCACUGACCAUGGUGUGUUUUGGAGUUAGUGCAGCACUAGCAGCAGUGCUUUAAGGAUUCUCUUCCCAACACAAUAAGUGAUGUACUCAAAUAAUAAAAAAGUGCAGGUUGUAAAGGGAAAAUAUAAUCAUGUUUACAUUACAAAAUCAGUUUUACAUAAAUGCAAUAAUAAAAACAAAAAGCAUGUAUAACAUGCAGAAAUACACCUUGUCCAGAAACUCAACGGAAAAGCAUUAAAUCUGAGAGAUGAAUUUAUUUUAGCUAUCUGACACUAAAUUCUAGCUUUUCUUCUGAACAGGUUCUAAAACUUUCCCUAGGCAUCUCUUAAAUUGCUAGCUCAUCUGCACCUUUAAAUGCUAGAGGAAUGCAUCUGCAGGUAAGAGAGCAGUCAGGUUUUCCUCACUGCAAGCUUCGUCUCUGGAGAACUGUCACUGUUUCAUUGGUUAGGAAGAUAGUUUUCAAGGCAUCUGAACACUACGAGUUGAGCCAUGGUGUGAAUUUACUGCAUGUUAGUCAGCAGACAGUAGCCUAUUGUGUAUGUGCUAGUGGCCUGUCUUUACAUUUAUCCUGGAUCUCAAGUCCUGUUUAGGUCUGGAACACACUAAUCCAGGGAAGUAAGUGCAUGACUUUUAUUACUUUUCUACUUUUUUUUUCUUUUCGUAUCUUCACUAUAUAUUUUGGACCCUGCAUGCUAGAAAAGAGAGAAAUGCAGGUAAAAACCUCACCCAGGCAAAGGAAAGUAGUAGCGACUAAGACUCUCUAUGUUAAUUUGCACAGUAAAUUUCUGGUAAAUUUUGAUUGUCAUCUAAAUGUCAAUGGACUCUUUUAUAAUAAUAAU